AUGAAAAAAACACCCAUGGCAAUCAAACACCUAUACAUUGAAUAUCGAUAUAGGUUUAUGCGUCAGAGCAUGCAUCCUGGAUUUUUUCGGUUCAUUGAUGUCGAAGGUGAUAAUACAAUUCAAAUAGAUUAUUUGUCUCACGAAUGGCCAAUAUUGGUAAGCCAUUACUGGGCAAGUGCUACCGUGUUAGUUGCUGGAUUGGUGUUUGCUGUUUUAAUGCCACUAAUUGGUCUGACCUUAUGCUGUUGUCGUUGUACUGGAGGUUGUGGCUCGCGGUCUCAACCCUUUGACGCCAAAUACGAUUCUUGCAAGAGACAGUUUUAUGGCAUGAUACUAGCUGGGCUUACUAUACUAAUAUCAUUUGGCGUAGUUUGUACAUUUGUGAGUAAUGAAUAUUUAGAAGAUGGUGUUAAAGAGUUACCAACAAAUGUUAAGAAAUCUUUAAAUGAUACCAGACUAUUUAUAAAUAAUACAAAAAAAGAAGUUGAUAAUUUAUUAGUUGUAAAUUUUGAUGAGUUGGAAGGAACACUAUCAAAUAUAUUGGAAGCUAGUGGUGAAAUAGUUAAAAAAAAACUUGGUGAAGUUUCUAAAGCAUCAGUUUUAUCUAAUUUAACUGCCGUUGUAAAUGGACUGGGGCUCAUCAAACAAGAUCUUUCUAAUGUAGAUUCAUUGACUCGUCAAUUACAGGAAACAGCUCUGCAAUUAGAUGCUGCUUUAAAGGAAUGUCGAUCAAUUAUAAUGAAAAAAUUGGAGUCGUGUCGAUUUGAACGUACUUGUCGUGAGAUUUUAAAUCGGUUUAAUAUCCAGGAUCUUUCUUUAGAAGCAAACUUUAGUCAGAUAUUAGACAAUGAUCUUCCAAAGUUGCCAAAUGUAACUGCUACUUUGAAGAAUAUAUCUGAUUUUAUUACUGCUGACAUUGAAGAAGAGGUAAUGAAGGGUCAGCAACAAUUUGAGAAGGUGAAAACAAUUAUACAGAAUGCUGUUAAUGAUAAUAUCCCAGAAAUAAAAUUAAAUAUUCGAAAAGUGGGAAAUGCAAUCAAAGAAAAUUCUGUAAAAGUAGAUAAAGUUUUAGAUCGUGUAGAUACCACUAUUGCUAACUCAUAUUCCCCGACGGAACAAGGAGAAGGCCUAUUAAAAGAAUUUUCACCUUAUCGGUAUUAUGUUUGUUUGGGUGUAGCAAUUACACUGUUUUUGAUUUUGAUGUGUCUAACUCUUGGAUUAUUCUGUGGAUUUUGCGGUAGUCGACCAGAAGGUGGAUAUCAUCAUGAUGAUUGUUGCAAUAAAGGAACUGGAGCUUCAUAUUUGAUGAUGGCUGUAUGGUUAAUGUUUUUGUCAUCAGCAUUCUUAAUGAUCAUUGCUUUGUUUUAUUUUGUUACUGGUGUAACUACAGACCGUAUUAUAUGUGAACCGUUGCAAAACCCUACACCUUCAAGGGUUUUGAACAUAGUGAAUCGUUUGUAUGAUGUAUCUGCAAUACAUAAAUUAGAUAACCAUCAACAACCUUAUGUAAGACCAUCACCAAACAAUACUGAUUUUAAUAUUAGUUCCAUAAUUCGAGAUUGCCAUCGUAACAUGAGUUUAUUCCAAGUUUUAAAAAUGGAAAGACUUAUUGAUCUGAACAAAGUUUUAGAAUAUCCCACUUCUUUUGGUAUCGAUCAACAUAUUGAUGAAUUAGUAUCAAAAAUAAAAUUAGAAGGAGAAAUAGUAAUCUUGACUCCUGAGGCAGAAAAACAAUUGAUAAAAUUAUCUAAAUCACCUCUAUCCAGUAUCAAUUUUCCAGCAUAUACCCAUGUUCUUGGUGAGAAAAUUACUUCAAUCGAUUUGAUUCAACUUGCUGAUGCACUCAAUCAAACAGCAUCCCAACUGCCAAUGUCAAAAUCAGAAGUUAAAUUUUCACUAACAAACCAAGCAAUGUACUUAAAGGUACAUCAGGGACAACAAGUGGCAUUAAUGCUAGAUAUAAGUCAACGAUUAGAAUCCACUGCUAAUCAGCUUCAAGAACAUUUACGUUUUAAUCAUUCUUCAUUACGCCAUGCUGUUGAACAUCUUCUAAUUGAGGUUGAACAGGCUCAAAAGUAUUUAUAUACUGAAGGGCCAACAAUAGUGACCAAACUCGCAAAAGAAUUUGGAGAAGAAUUUAACAAACACAUAGAUCAAUAUUUACAAAGGGUCGUAAGCCAAAUUAGAGAAGAUGUAGGUAAAUGCUGGCCUAUGUCACAGGCUUACAAUGCCACUAUUGUUGCUGGAUGCCAAAAAAUACUUAAUCCUUAUAAUGGUUUUUGGAUGAGUGUCGGCAUUUGUUCAAUCCUCUUCAUGCCCAUUAUAAUUCUUUGUGUGAAAUUGGCUUCUCUCUACCAGAAGUCAGAUCCCUAUCCAGGGCCAUUAGUUGAAGCUGAAUACUUAUAUGAUGCAUACACAGACCGUGAAAAUAUUCCAUUAGCAAGUUCAAACAACAAGAAAAAAAACGCAAGGAAUAAACCACGUAAAAAAGUGACUACUGCUCCAAGUGGAAAUCGAUCAUCAAAUAUACCCAUAGGCUAUGAGAAUAUGUCCAACCCAGAAAUUGCUGUUAACACAUCAGCUAACGAAAGUCGUCAUCCUGGACAUGGUGGUUCAGUUGAUUAUAGUGCACAUCUUGGGCGAGCGAAUAUUGUAGUACCUACUACAAGCCCUUCAGGUGGUCUACCUGAAGCACAACCAAAGCCUACCUGGGACUUCCCAAAUGGUGGACCACCUCAUUAUCAAAAUCCGAUCUCAUCUGAAUAUGAACGCCCACCGCCAUAUUACUAUCCUGGCCCUUCUGGACCACCAGGAGCUCCGCCUGAAUCUCAGUCGUCAUAA